AUGGGGAAGCAGAACAGCAAGCUGCGCCCGGAGAUGCUCCAGGACCUGCGGGAGAACACCGAGUUCUCCGACCUGGAGCUGCAGGGCUGGUACAAGGGGUUCCUCAAGGACUGUCCCUCCGGCAUCCUCAACGUGGAGGAGUUCAAGAAGAUCUACGCCAACUUCUUCCCCUACGGCGACGCCUCCAAGUUCGCCGAGCACGUCUUCCGCACCUUCGACACCAACGGCGACGGCACCAUCGACUUCCGAGAGUUCAUCAUCGCCCUGAGCGUCACCUCCCGCGGCAAGCUGGAGCAGAAGCUCAUGUGGGCCUUCAGCAUGUACGACCUGGACGGCAACGGCUACAUCAGCCGGGAGGAGAUGCUGGAGAUCGUGCAGGCCAUCUACAAAAUGGUCUCCUCCGUGAUGAAGAUGCCCGACGAUGAAUCGACUCCGGAGAAACGAACGGAAAAAAUCUUCCGACAGAUGGAUACUAAUAACGAUGGGAAGCUCUCGCUGGAGGAGUUCAUCAAAGGUGCCAAGAGCGACCCGUCCAUCGUGCGCCUGCUGCAGUGCGACCCCGGCGGCGCCCUGCAGCUCUGAGCCCCGGCACGCGC